AUGAACCGCAAACCACCCGGCCCUUCGGGGCCACCACCGCCUGGCCAUCACACCGAUCACACAGACCACACUGACCACAGCGACACCGACACCGACAGUCACGAUAGCCACGAUAGCCACGAAACCCGCGAAACUCACGACGGAUCACAUCCUCCUCCUCCUCCUCCUCCUCCUCAGGCACCGAAACCUGCCGCAAACCAAGGACGUUCGCGUGCAACAGCAGCCGCACCACAGCCGCCGCCAAUACCACCGGCUGCGGCUCCUCCCCCGGCAGAUGCACCGACUCCCUCAAGUCCACCACUGCCCGAAGGUGCAGGUGCAGAUUCUGGGCGGAUGCCGCCGCCUCCCAUUGGCCGCCGGGCCAAGAAGUUGAACAUCAACCGGAACAGACCCACCGAGCCCAGCGCGCCGCCAAGCAACGCCCCUACCAACAACAGCACUGCUGCACCGCCCCCUUCACCCUCUCCCGUAUCGUCACCUCCCUCUCGCUCGCCGUCUCGGUCGCCGUCUCGCUCACCGUCUCGUUCUCCACAUGGUUCACCUCCACGCAAUCCACGGCGCCGGCGCCGGCGCGGCAACACACCUCCUCGGUCGUCCGAGUCGCCCUUGCUCGGCGAGAACGGUGCGGUCGUUCACUACAACGGCAGUCGCCGCCGGCAAAACGCAGACCACGAGGACGACGAUGAAGAGGAUGUGUACGAGGGCCGCGACCGCCGUGACCAUCGCAGUCGGCGUGACGACCGGGACCGGCGCGACAACAACCGGCGACAUCACGGCGACCACGACGACCACGGCGACCACCCCGAUGUCAUGGACGCUGCUGGGAGCGCCAUUAUGUCGUCGCCCUGGAAAACGUCGCUCCUGUUUCUGGCCGCAGUGGCCGCCGCGACCUUUUGUGUGGACCGCAUGUGGCCCAAGGGCGUCACCUACGGCGAGAAGGAGGCCUGGGAGAUCCGCGAAGAGGAGUACGCUCGGCACCACGGCCACGCGCCACACCCGCACCCGCGUGAUGCGGACGGUGCACGAGGCUCGCCGCGCAACUCGCGUCCGCGUGUCGAACGGGUCAGCGACCGGUCCGUGGACGACCGGCGGAUGGGCGACCGACGCUACAGUGACCGCCAAGCGCCCCGCCAGCGCAUGCGUGAGCGGCCAUACGAACGGGAAUACGAACGGGACCGCGAAGGCGGGCGGACGCGGGAUGUGAUGGAUGGACCUCCGCAACCACGUGGUAGCCGCCGCAGGGUCGGCGACAUGGAGACCGAGAAACCCCUGAUGGACGAGAAAUACGACCCCGAGUACACCGACCGGCGUCGAAGCAUGCGCAGUGUGCGCGGUUCACCAGGCGAGGCAGGGCCCGAAGGCGUACCUGGAUCUACUGUUCCUCGUAUGACCCGUGGUGUUACGUUCCAAGAAGUCACCGUCGACCCGCGAGAUUCACGAGAAUCGCGGGACCCUCGCAACAUGCGCGACCUGCGCGACUCGCGCGACAUCCGCUACGACCCCAGCGACGCCGACGACAACUUCCGCUACCUGCGCGAGCGCCGUGCACGCAACAAUGGCAACCCUUAUCCAAACCGGCGGGCCACAUGGGACGCUUCGACUGCGGGUGCGACCGCGGCAGCGACGCUGGCCACAGGUGCCGCAGUGGCCAUGGCCGCCGACGAAGACGGUCCGUUGCGCCGGAGGCGGCCCAACGGAGCUGGCGGCAGCAUGCGUGAGCGGGACAUGCCUCGCGACCCACGGGACCCACGAGACCCGCGGGACUCGCGUGAUUUUCGCGACGGCCGAGGGGAUGCGCGUGAGGUGCGCGACUCUCGUGACUUCCGUGACCCCAAUCCUCGGCGAUCGUCUCUCUAUGCCCACGGCAACGGAAAUGUCAUGCUCAACCACUCCGACGUCGCUGGUGACCGGGGCAGUUUUCCACGGGACGGGCCGCGCCAAGAACAAAUGCCCUCACGACGGCCGUCAUAUCGCGAACCGGAGCAAGACCGUGAACCAGAUCGCCGGUACGCUCGCCAGACGCGUCAAAGCGGGGCAGAUCAAGAGUUUGAUGCUGGGGACGCCCGUGGCCAUUAUCGCCGGUCGGAUGGCGCCUCGGCCGCCGCUGUCGCUGCCACCGCCGCAUUGGCUGCCGGCGCAGGUGUUGCAGCCAUGUCCACAGGCCGUCGUGACCGCCGUGGCGACGACUAUAAUGGCAGGGUUUCGCCCCCUGCGCGUCUGAACCGCUACUCGACUGUCCACACGGUCGAUGGACCCCUCCGCCAACCGGAGCCCAUUGCAUAUGGGGACGACGAUGGUGUCCGCGAGAGAGGAGGACGAGGUGGUGCGCGUGGAGGUGGCUAUGGCGUCCCGCCAGAGUAUCGUGAAUCGGAUUCGGAGGCGCCUGUAUAUGACCGCGUCCACAGCCGUGUGCCAAGCCGCAGUGGCGGCCGGACACCAGAGAGUGACAGCCGUGGUGGCGCCGACGAUCUGGCUGAUUCUUCCGAGGAUGAACCCCCACGUCCUGCUGCAAGACGGAUGCAGACGGGCCGGUUGUCACCGCAACCUCCGCAACCUCCACCACCUUUGUUGACUCGCACGUCACCGCCCAUGGAGGGCCGGGCUCCAACACCUGUUAUCCUGAGUUCGUCCGACGAGGAGGGCGGUCGACGACGACAGCGCAUACGCCCGCAACAGCCACCGCCGCCACGCGAGACAUCUCCACGACGCCAGCCGCGCACAUUCCCUGUGGUGUCCGACUCGGGCGUCGCCGACAGCCUGGUCGAUAGUCUUGCGGACAGCCUGGCCGACUCGGACUCGGACGCGGCCCCGACAAAGCCGCUGCCCCGCCGUGAACGCGCGCAGCAGCGGUCCGAUGAGAGCCUGCAUGUCUACCCCAAGACGCCGGCGCGGCCCUCGGCUAUGGCACCCGGUGUGGCGUACGAGACCGAGUACAUGACCGGCGCAGCAGGACUGCCACGCCAACGCCGUAGCGACGUGAGCAUGAGCGGCAGCAGCGGCAUCGUGUCGUCGCCGCCCACGACGCGGCAGGGCCAUCGGCCGGUGGACGAGAACGGUGUCAGCGAAGCCGACGGCGACAGCGACGCCACUGUGGAGGACGGCCGUGAUCGGCGUGGCAAAGACGGCAAUCGUGGUGGCAGUAAGCGAGGCGCAGUUGGUGCUGCUGGCGCCGCCGCGGGUGCUACGGCCCUGUCCCUUGUCUUGCAUCCCACCGAGCGGCCGAAGCGGGAAUACUACACGGGCAUCGACUAUUCUGACGAAGAUGCUCGCAGUUUCGGGAGCCGUGGGAGCCGUGAGAGCCUUGGCAGCCGUAGUGGUCGCUCGUCGCCUUACACGAUGCCCUCCCCACCCCCGGCAGGAGGAGGAGGAGGUGGAGGAGGAGGCGGCGGUAGACGCCGCCCAGCUGGUGGCUAUCCCGACGACAGCGACCAUUCCCCGAGCCCCCCUUCACGCCAGGCACGGGCUGCUGCUGCUGGCGCGUCCUUUCUGUCCGAGGACUUUUCCGCUCGCCCGUCCGACAACUCGUCCCUGCGUGACCGCUACCGAAAUGAGGAGGGCGGUGUCGGCGGCAUUGGUGGUAGCGGCCUGCGCAGUCGCCAUUACCGCAGCCGGGGUAGUCUUCAGAGUAGUCAGAGUAGUGGUGGUAGCAAUGACAGGAGCGGCAGCGGUAGCAGUCGAAGCCUCGGUCCAAGGGACGGUCGGCGCAGUGCAUACGUCCCGAGUCCGCCGCUUGCUGGUCGCGCCACCCGCGGCGUACCGCCAUCGUCCAGCAACACGACACCCAUGAGCGAGGGAGACCUCUCCGACAGUGAGCUCGGCACCCGCGCCCGUCGCUAUGGCCGCCGUGAGGGCGGUGCGAGCAACGGACGCGACUACCUGUCGUACAAGGGCUACCGCAGCCACAAGAGCUACGACGAGGACGAGGACGAGGACAGCGCCAGCGCCAGCGAUGGCGACCGCGAGCGGGACGAAUACAGCGACGAUGGGAGCCGCUCGCGAGGGACGCACAGCCUGCGCAGCUACGGGUACGAACAUGAUGGCCGUGGUGGCAGCGACAGUGGCAGCGACAGUGGCAGCGACCGAGACAGUGACCGAGAUAGCGACGGUGAUACCGUACGCUACAGCACAGCCUCCGGGCCUGUUCGGCCGACCCGUCUGGGCGCCGAGGCCACGGAAGAGGCGCGCAUUCGGGCCCGACAGGACGAGAUUGACCGCGACCGUCUCCAGGCCCUGCGCGAGAAGGAGGAGCGGCAGCGCGAAUGGGACGACCUGCGCAUGCACGACAAGGCCGCCAUCCGGGCGCGCAUGGACACUCGGGCGGCCAGUGGCUCCGGUGGGAAUGGCACCUACGGAACCUAUAGCACCUAUGGCACACAUGGCACCUAUGGCACCUACAGCGGCAGCGGCAGUUCGCUGCCCCGAGCCAGUGGCGGCACGACCGGCACGGCCUCGGACCCGGCUGACCCCCGCACGAAGCUAAUGCGCGAGCUGGACGAACAGGAGCGGCUGGCCCGGGAAAAGCAGCAGGACGCCCUGGAGCGCGCAGCGGCCGCCAAGGUGCGCGAGCAGCACCUGCGGGAGGUGGACUUGCUCGAGCGGAAGCGCGAGGCGCGCGAGCGGCAGAGGCGGGACCGUGCGUUCGAUGCCGUGAAGCGGUCGUCGGGUGUUUAG